UCGAAAGUUUCCAAAGUAGGGCAAUUGAUAGAUUGUUAGGCAGUUCAGUUUAAACUUGAUACAUCUUGGUGUGAUAAUCAACGAAAGUUUGGAAUGUAAAAUGGCAUCCAGGAUCUUGGCUGUCCUUUUCCUUUCUUGUAUACAAAAAAGCAUGGUACAGGGCGGAAGCAAAGAACCUGGCGUAACUGUUACAUGCCGUGCCCAUGAGAUGGAAGUCACAUUUGAGAAGAGAAUAUUCACCACACUUGAAGCGAGGAAUAUGUCCUUGGAUGCCCCUGCGUGUUCAGCCUCUGACAGCCCACAGUUUAUUUCCAUAAGCACAGCCCUAAAUGAAUGUGGCACAAAAUUCUACGAAACUGGAGACACCAUCGUGUUCUCCAAUGUUGUUCACAAAGAUGCCGAGCUAGUGAACGGCCAGAUUACACGGGAACAUGAUUUUGAAUUCUCGUUUAAUUGCAGCUAUUCCAAAACGAAGUUUCUCAGCCUGCAAUUUGUCCCCGAGGGAAGGCUUGAUGUUCCCGGUGUAGAGGGAUUCGGUGACUUCAACUUUACAUUCGAUGUCUACACAAGUUCUUCCUAUUCAACGCCCCACUCCGCUUACCCCGUCGAGGUGACACUCAAUGAAUAUAUCUAUCUGGGGUACAGGGUGGAGUCCAGUGCUAACCUUGGGGUGAUGGCUCUUAACUGUUUGGCUACGAAAAGUUCAGUUUAUUAUUCUUCACCGCAAUAUCCCAUUAUACAAGAUGGGUGUGCAAUGGACACGACACUGAGUCACGACUACAACUCCAGCAGAAAUUGGCAAACAUUUGCACUGAGAGCAUUCAGGUUCUUCAAUGACUAUGACUCGUUUUAUAUCCACUGUGAACUGUUAGCCUGUCUUGAGGAGUCUAUAUCAUCUAGGUGCCAACAGGGAUGCGUACCGUCAGCUAAUAGGAAGAAACGAGGACUGGAAGAGGACACAGCCGGUCCAUACAUCAUCAAAAGAGGGCCAAUCAAAAUCGUCCGAGGGAAAAGCCAAAACGAAAAUGGAGACACAGGGAAACAAUCAGCAGCUGUAAUCGGAGGCGCGACAGCCGCUGGCGGAGUUGGUCUGGUUGGAGUCAUAGCUCUGGCUGCUGUUUUUGUCAAAUAUCGCAUUUUACGGCUCAUGACAAACAAAAACAAGGUCAGAGACAUGUACAAUGACACCACCCAAGACGAUGACAUAGUGGAGAGGGAUGCCGAGAGUCAAAACUCUUAGUUCAUACACUGCUACUCAAGUCAGAAGCCGAUAGAAUAUUUCUGACUAUACGUCAUUACCAAGUUUUGAUUUGUGACAACACUAAUCAAUUUGCGCCAAAUUUCUAAUGUGAAGGAAGGUUUAGUACACAGAGUUCGUUUUGUUUUCUUAUCGGCGUCAUUUACGAAGAGAAAUGAGUGUUACCGUAUCAUUGACAUUUUAUCCCGGAAGUGCAUGUUUAGCAUUUAUUCGAGACCAGAUUUUCUUGGCAACCAAUGUGUAUCCAUUAUCUUAAAGAACCUUUAUAAUAACUAAAAUCUAAUAUACUAAGAUAGGAGAAAAGAAGAAGAAGAAGGAAACCCAAAGUUUGCAUGUACGAAACUAGCGUCGAAUUUACAGAAAGCUCGAGAAAUAAAAUAAAGAUUUGAAAAGGUCAUAGAAAAAAAUAAAUUCAAUGAGUCAAUUAGAAAUAGCGGAAUUAUUAAUAGAACCAUGAAAUCACUGGGUUGAUAAAUAAUGCAAAGGUAGUUUUCAUGUUUUCUAUUUCUGUUUGCUACUCUGACUCUGCACUCGGCUUGAAAAUAAGUUUAGAUUGCAUGGGAGAGUGCAUGGUUGUCGAUAUUUAUGAAGACGCUUUCAACGCAAUAGUAGUCAAUUACCAUUUAGUAGGUUUCGUGAUAAAGUCUUGUUUCCAAGACAAUUAGAGAAAUAUCAGGUCACAAGUCAAGUUUGGAACGCUGUUCGGUGUUUAUAAAAAUACUCACUGAAUCAAUAACACAAAGGAAAUCAAUCAUCUUCAAGAAUGCUGCUUGUCAAGACGAAUCAGCUGUGUCCAUUCCGAGACUCGAUGUGGGGUACUCUGAAUACAGUACUGAUCACUCUACAACUUAGCAGCACUGAUCGUGUAACCUCCACUUUCAAGCAUUAUUGAUUAUAUCAGUUUCAGCUUCCUCAAUCACAUAAAAAAGAUUACA